UGUAUGGAUGAAAGUCCUUUCCUUACCCCGAAAGUGUGAACAAACGAAAAAAAAUGACAGCUAUUAUCCAACAAGACAAAAACAAAGUGAAAUUCUCGUUUCAUGUAAUAAUAUAAAUUUGAUCGUUGCUAUUUUAAAUGGAAGGAAUUUUGUGGAAAUGGACAAAUUACUGGAAUGGUUGGCAAACAAGGUGGUUUAUAUUAGAAAAUGGUAUUCUCUCAUAUUACAAAUCUCAAGAAGAAGUUAAUCAAGGAUGCAAGGGGUCAGUGAAAGUAUCAGUUUGCCAAAUAAAUGUUAACAAUAUUGAUAAUACACGUUUGGAUCUAGUAAUACCAGGACAGCAACACAUGUAUUUGAGAGCACCAUCACCUCAAGAUAGACAAAAGUGGCUUGUUGCAUUGGGAAGUGCCAAAGCAUGUGUCAAUUCGAAAGGAGAGUCUACAGUUACAGUAUUUGAUGAUACCAAUUCUUUGAGUCAUAAGAAAUCUGAAUUGAGACUUUAUUGUGACCUCAUGAUGCAACAAGUACAUGCUGUAAAAAGUGCAGUUACCACGGAAAAUGGUCCUGACAUACAGAACAUGGAUGAUGCUACAAGUCUACUCACUGCUACUUGUGAUACUUUCAUUAGAACCUUGGAAGAUAUAAUGAGAAUUACAAGCGGAAGUAUAACUUAUGAAAUGCCUGUUCUGAACAUUGCGGUGCCGAAAAAUAACAUCACUAAUAAAUCACAACCUAAUAAUAAGACCCCUAGACAGAGUCUCAGUAGAUCGUUGUCUCAAGAAAACAGAUGAAAAGUGAAAAGUAAAUAAUAUAUAUUAUUUAAAAUUAUAGUGCUGAUGUGAUUGUUUUGUAUUAUUAAUUUGCAAAUGGAAAAUAAUUUUGUGUAAUGUUGUUCAAUGUUACUACUUGUACAAAAAAGAAAAAUGUUUUGUACCACUUAAAUAAAUAGCAACCAAACAAAAUACAGUAUACCUAUUUCACAGACGCAAGUCUAGCAUAGGCACUUGCCUAUAUUUUUUUUGUUAAAGUGUAUAGUGAAAUAAUGUGCAAUCUAUUCUUUUUCUUUAGAAAUGUGAUAAAAUUAUGUCACUAUAAAAAGAUUAUUUUUAAAAUUAAUAAUACCUUUAAUUACUAUUUAUUUCAAUCAUUAACUCACCACUACACAAAUAUUGAAACUAUGUAAUUCUAUUUAAAGUGGGUACUCUGUGUAGUACUGAUUUUAGUGUAAUCAAAUUAUUUGAUUUAUAGUUUAUAUUAUCAGUUUAAAUAUCAAGAGACCUAUUAUAUGAGGACUAGUACUAUGAAUUAUGGCAGUUUAUGAAGCUAUGAUACUGAUUGAAACAUGUUGAGUCAGAAUGUUAAUUUAAAAGGAAACUCAUUUUACGACAUGGGCGGUAGUAUAUAUGGUAGAUGGUUAUUAUUAUUUAAAUUAUGCUGUGAUAUGUUGUAUUGCUGUAAUAAAUGUCUUAUUUAUUGAAAUAGAAAUUUCGAAUUAAUUUGGAAAAUCUAUCAACUGUCUCUCUGAAGUAUGCGAGCGACGGAAUAUCCGUAGUUUGCAAGGUUGAAUGUCA